AUGGAUUUCGUUGCGGGACAACCUCAACCAGUUGGUCAGUCAAUCCAACAGCAACAGCAACAGCAGCAACAAAAUGCAAAUACGCACGAACAAGAUUUCCCGCAACCGCAUCAUGACCUGCAACAGCGACAACAACAUCAUCAACAACUGCUGCCAUCUCAACUGCCUCAGAAAUCCCUGAUUUCCAAAGGUAAGUAUACACUACACGACUUCCAAAUCAUGAGAACGCUUGGUACUGGAUCUUUUGGUAGAGUUCAUCUGGUACGUUCCGUCCACAAUGGACGUUAUUAUGCUAUAAAGGUUUUAAAAAAGCAGCAGAUUGUGAAGAUGAAACAAGUCGAACAUACUAAUGAUGAACGACGUAUGCUAAAGCUUGUCGAGCAUCCAUUUUUGAUUAGAAUGUGGGGGACUUUCCAAGAUGCAAGGAAUAUCUUUAUGGUAAUGGAUUAUAUCGAGGGUGGUGAACUUUUUUCACUGCUAAGAAAAUCCCAAAGGUUCCCCAAUCCUGUAGCUAAAUUUUAUGCUGCAGAAGUCAUAUUGGCACUGGAAUACUUGCAUGGCCAUAAUAUCAUUUAUAGGGAUCUGAAACCAGAAAAUAUCUUGUUGGACAGAAAUGGCCAUAUCAAGAUAACCGAUUUUGGGUUCGCUAAAGAGGUGCAAACGGUCACAUGGACUCUUUGUGGGACUCCGGAUUAUAUUGCUCCUGAAGUUAUUACCACAAAGCCUUAUAAUAAAUCCGUGGAUUGGUGGUCUCUUGGUGUUCUAAUCUACGAAAUGUUAGCUGGUUAUACACCGUUUUAUGAUACUACGCCAAUGAAGACGUAUGAGAAGAUUUUACAAGGAAAAGUCAUAUAUCCGCCAUAUUUCCAUCCUGAUGUCGUGGAUUUACUAAGUAAGCUAAUUACUGCAGACUUAACAAGAAGAAUCGGUAAUUUGCAAAGCGGUUCCAAGGACAUUAAAGCCCACCCAUGGUUUAGUGAAGUGGUAUGGGAAAGAUUAUUGGCCAAGGACAUCGAAACUCCAUACGAGCCCCCUAUCACAUCAGGCAUUGGUGACACCUCUUUGUUUGAUCAGUAUCCUGAAGAGCAAUUAGAUUACGGUAUCCAGGGUGAUGAUCCAUAUGCGGAAUACUUCCACGAUUUUUAA